AUGACAAGAAGAGAUAAUGAAGAUAAUAACUCUCGGCUAUCGAUUGCCAUGGAUAUUAUGUUCUUGACAUACGCUGAGCUAUUGGAUGAUGAACAUGUACCGCUAUGUAUAACUCCAAUUGUGAACUUUGGACCCAACAACUUGGACUAUGGAAAAACCUCGCAAGAGAUCAUUCUUCACCCAUUUGCUAAUGAAGCAACCCCACAACAACAGAUCAAAGAAGACACCCCAUCAAAUGAGGGGGAUUACAUGUCCAUAACAACACUAAUCAUUGAUAUGUAA